AUGUCCGUCUUCUCCCUAAUCAAGAGGUCACGCCAGCAGGCCAAGGACCACAAGGAGAAGCAGGCGGAAAAGGCAAAGGAGGCACCCAAGCAGGCCUAUCGACACAUUCCAACCCACGCUGCCGUUGACGCCCUUUCCGGGGCGCCAGCGGGUUACAGGCAUGAGGACCGGUCCAGGAUUCUCGAGGAGAACCGGAGGAGGAGUGCAAUGGUAGCCAGCGGCUUGACCAACAGAAUGCCUGGUCCAAGUCUUCCACGAGUCUCCAGCAGCCUUUCUCAUGUCACCUAUCCUGCGGCCCAUGCCAACCCCGUGGGAAAUAUGCCGAGAGCCUACAGCUACAGCGGCGUACCGCACCUGGCGCCCUGGGAGCAACGAAAUAUCAAGAACCCAUCGAUGUAUUCCGUCCCUGACACCACCCGGAUCUCACUCAAGGGCAAGGAGGUAGACAGAUCUUACGCUUCUGGUCGCAACAGCCCGUCAUCAAUCAAAGCUGGAUCUCCCGUUGGUAGCUCAAGCCAGUCCACCAGCUCCCAAGAAGACCUGGAGAUUAAGCCUUCGCGGCAUGUGUCUAUGCCUCCCACUAGCUCAGAGCCAUCUCGAAAUCCUGCCGUCGCGAUUCACACCCAUCGUCUUCACCCUAGCUCUCGCCGGGCUUCAGAUGCGUCGGACAAGGGCGACACAUCGCCAAAGGCAUCGCCGACCGACAGAAGCAGGCCACCGCCCUCGAUGAGGGGCUUCAACUCCAUUCCGGCCAUGCCUUCUCUACCGCCGAUGCAGCUCGGCAGCCCUUUGACCAACCAACCGCCGGCGCAACCGGUGUUUUCGUCCUCGGCCUCCACCCGGUCGUCGACGCAUGGAUCUAUGUCCUCUUUCAACUUCAACGUCAACAACACUCCUUUCUCAGCCCCAAUUUCGGGCAGGUCAUCCGCCGCCACCACUCCCGCCGCAUGCGUCACCCCCGAGCCCGUCUACGAGUCUGUCGAAGAGGAGGAAGAAAGCUCAUCUUACACGUACGCCCCGGCCCCGGCCGCUUCCGCUGCCGCACCGUCUGCCCUCAAGCAGAAAGACCGUCGAAGCACGUCAAAGUCCAAGGUCACCCGCUUCACUGAGCUGGAGACGAUCGACUCCCACACGGAGCAGCCAACAAUCCGCAGCAUUCCGUAUGAGCAGUCCCGCCAGUCCACGCCGCCCCAACUUUCCAACGACGCCAUCAACAAAGCCAUUGCCGUCGAGAUGAUCUCGGCCGCCCCUGCCGAGGUAGUCUCGGCGCCAAAGUCGGGAAAGCGCCUUUCGAAGCAGCCCGGCUCCAAGCUGACUAAGAAGAGCCGUUGGUCAACAAAGAGCUCGGCCGUUGCAGUCUAA